GCUGGUCCCGAAGGCUUUUUCGGUGGCACGUCCCAAACUCUUUAGAUUUUUGGUCCCUAAGAGCAGUGAUGGUGGUUUGGAACAUGAGUUGCGCCCUGCUCCUUCAGCAGGCAAUGCAAUGGAUCAGCUCGAGCAGAGGGUAAAUGAAUUUUUUAUGAACGCAAAGAAAAACAAACCCGAAUGGAGAGAAGAACAAAUGACAUCAAUCAAAAAAGAUUAUUAUAAGGCUUUGGAAGAUGCAGAUGAGAAAGUGCAACUGGCUAAUCAAAUAUAUGAUCUGGUAGACCGUCAUUUGAGGAAAUUGGACCAGGAACUUGCUAAAUUUAAGAUGGAACUUGAAGCAGAUAAUGCUGGAAUUACAGAAAUAUUAGAGAGACGGUCUCUGGAGCUGGAUACACCAUCACAGCCUGUGAAUAACCAUCACGCCCACUCUCACACUCCAGUAGAGAAAAGGAAACACAAUCCAUCUUCUCACCACAGUACAACAGACCAUGUUCCUGAAAAGAAGUUUAAAUCUGAAGCUCUUCUAUCCACCCUGACUUCAGAUGCUUCUAAAGAAAAUACACCAGGGUGUCGAAACAAUAAUUCAUCAUCCUCUUCAAACAAUGCAUACAAUACAAACUCUUCUCAACCAUUGGCAUCAUAUAACCUGGGCUCAUUAUCUUCAGGAUCUGGGGCCGGUGCAAUUACCAUGGCAGCAGCUCAAGCAGUGCAAGCCACAGCACAGAUGAAGGAGGGAAGACGAACAUCCAGUCUAAAAGCCAGCUAUGAAGCAUUUAAGAACAAUGACUUUCAGCUUGGAAGAGAAUUUUCAUUGUCCAGGGAUUCCACUGGAUAUUCGUCAUCAGCUCUGGCAUCUACAUUAACACAGACGUUAAGUUCAUCAACCACAGAUUCACGGAGUGGCAGGAAAAGCAAAAACAACAACAAAUCCUCAAGCCAGCAGUCCUCAUCAUCUUCUUCUUCUUCCUCUCUGUCAUCAUGUUCUUCUUCAUCUGCACUGGCACAAGAACUGUCUCAGCAAACAGCAGUAAUACCAGAGUCUGAUUCUAAUAGCCAGGUUGACUGGACCUAUGAUCCAAAUGAGCCACGUUACUGCAUUUGUAAUCAGGUGUCCUAUGGUGAAAUGGUAGGCUGUGAUAACCAAGACUGCCCUAUUGAGUGGUUCCACUAUGGAUGUGUUGGACUGACCGAAGCACCGAAAGGGAAGUGGUACUGUCCACAGUGUACAGCUGCAAUGAAGAGAAGAGGCAGUAGACAUAAAUAAGUUUCAUCAUCUGGAAAACAAAUUACAUAC